AUGCCUACAAAAGUUCCUCGAGAUGAAGAACAACGACAAUUAAAAGAACUUGAACGCGAAAUACAUUAUCAUGAACAAGUGGAAAGUAUGAAAGAAAAUAAUCAUCAUCAUCCUCAUGUUCAUCAUCAUUCAAUAAAUAAAAAAGCAACACCAAUCAACGACAUUAAAAUUCCGAAAAAACGUGGUCCCAAAAAGAAACAAAUGACACCGGCACGAGUUGCUCGUUUCAAAGUUCGCCGUAUCAAAGCCAAUGGUCGCGAACGUGAACGUAUGAAAGGUCUCAACGAACAAUUGGAAGUCUUACGUGAGACAAUUCCAUGUUUUUCAUUAUCACAAAAAUUAUCAAAAAUUGAAACAUUACGAUUAGCAAGAAAUUAUAUUGAAGCAUUAGGUGAAAUUGUUCAGAGUGAUCAAAUUCCAGAUAAUACACAUUUUGCUCAAUUGUUAUGCAAAGGUUUAUCACCUAAUACAAUGAAUCUAGUUGCAGCAACACUUUGUUUAAAUCCUCGUGUACUGCAACAACAGCAGCAGCAACAACAACAUGGAAGUCCCUAUCCGGCAAAUAUGGUUACCAUGGAUGAAACUUAUAUGCUAUCAUCAAUGCAUCCAAGAGUACGAAAUCCAUUAGAAUUUAUUAAUCUUAAGAAAGGCAAUCAACAACCAAGAAUAGCAAAAACUCAAAAUAAUUUAACAAGUGAAAGUGAAGACGAUGCUAUGAUAUGUAGUUCAAGUAGUUUUGAUCAAACAUCAUCCUAUGGCAACGAUGCGACAAAUAGCAGUAUGGAUGAAAUAAGUCCUAAUGGACAUUUAAUUUUGCCAGGAUCUUCACAAGGAUUUCAAAAUGAAUUCUAUGUGGAAGAACAACAUUUUCUGUUAAAUAAUCAACAAUUUUAUCCUCCUCCACCACCACCACCACCACCACCAAUGGUGUCACAACAUCAUCAUCACAAUUUUUAUUAUCCGACACACUUUUGA